AUGAGACUUCUCAAGCAACAAGGGGAUAGUGCCACAGUGCUGGCAGCCAGGGGCCCUUGGACACCCCAACAGGACACACAGAGGGAGCUGGCUCCAAGGAGCAGGGGCUCCAGAGGGGCUGGUGGGACUUCCUCUGGUUCCUGGGGGUCACCCCACCCACCCAGUCAGGGACCAGAGUCUGAGAGGAAAGGGAGGCUGUCCCCUCCAUCGUCCACUCGGCAGACAAUUCCAGUGCUGGCCCUGGGCCGAGGGCCCAUCCGCCAACCUCACCUGAACAGCCUGCGGAGCUGGUCCUUCGACCUGGAGCAGAUCCGGAGGCCCAAGCUCUGCAGCUCACCCUAUUUCUGCUGCUCCCAUGCACUGGGCAUGGUCAAGCAGGUGGAGCGCCUCAGCCUGGGUAUCUUCCACCCUGCCUUCGCGCCCAUCGAGCACAUCAGACAGCAGCUGCAGGACUUACUGCCCACCGACAUUCAUGUCCUGGCCUCCCAGCGGCUGGGCAUCUCGCUGACCCGCUGGCCCGAUGGCCAUAACAUCAUAGUCACCGACUUCGCGACCCGCAGGGAAGUCAUCCAGGCUCUGGUCUGUACUUUAUACAUUCCUUUCUACUGUGGGACGAUCCCCCCCGAAUUCAGAGGGGAGCGCUACUUUGACGGGGGCCUGAGCAACAACCUGCCCUUCGCGGACUCGCCCUCCACCAUCACCGUGUCCCCUUUCCACGGGACAGUGGACAUCUGCCCCCAGAGCACCUCGGCCAGCAUUCACGAGCUGAACACCUUCAAUGCGAGUUUCCAGAUAUCCACCAAGAACUUCUUCCUGGGGUUUGCCUCCCUCAUAUCCCCCGGCCCUGAGAUGGUAGCUGACAAUUGCAGACAAGGCUACCUGGACGCCCUCAGGUUCCUGGAGAGACGCGCAUCUACUCUGUGCCUGGCCUGA